UCUUAUUAUUGGAGCGAAGCAAUGCCGCGGCAGUAUUUGGCACCGCCAUUCUUUACCAAAGGAUCCUUCUACAGCGUCGUCAUCCCGGCGGUCCUCAAGAACAAGCGAUUCACUGGCCGGCGGCGCCGCGGGCAGGCCAAGGACAAGAUGCCCAGUCGAUACGCGGUCUUUAGCGGCGUAUCGCCGGCGGCCGAGACUCAUGGAAGCAAAUCUCUGGAGAAUUUGAGGAACAAGCGCAUGACUUUCAACAAAGUUGUCACGGAUCACAUUGAUCAUUUCUCCAAAGAGGAGAAAUCGCCUGGGCUGUCACGGAUUAUGGUAUCACUUCUCAAAGACGUUCGAGCUAAAGUGAAUGAACCUACUGAACUGAGACGAACGGAGGGCGUGCACUCGGACCUCCUCAAGUUUUUGCUCAACAGGAAACGAGAAGAUGCGAGGAGGAAGAUUCUCAACUCUUAGGAAAGUUCUCGUGGUUAAAAGUCAAACUCAGCACCAUGACAGAGAUAUUCUAGACGUGAUCAGGAAAAAGAGCUCACUGAUAAAGAGAAGUUAGACCGACGAGAGAGACAAACUAGAACAGCUUUAACAGCGCCAUUUGAGUAUCUACAAUCGUUCGGAACAGCUCGUGUACAUGCCCAAGCUUCUCACAAAGACUUCCGAACCGUCCGGAACUGUUUUGUAUCCGCGUGACAACACCUUGCUGAGCAGUUCGUGCAGCGUCCUCGCACAGCAAUCCAAGGUUUCAGGAAUCCAGCAACUUGGCAGAGCAGAUAACCGUCCAGCCAGUCGGGAUCGCUGCUGGAGAUUGGGAGGCACAGGCCUGGAACAAUCAGCGAAGAGCGGACAUGGCUGAUUGAACCCAUAGAAGAAUGAAGAUUUUGUUAAUCAGUUAGUUUGUGUGAGGUCAUUACCAAACUGUUGAAUGCAACAAACUGCACCAAUACUGGCCA